UCUAGCGAUAGCGACGGGUACGGCCGCGUUGACCUGUCUCCUAUAUUAUUUACUAAUAAAUAACCUAUUCAACAGUUCUAUCCAACAAUACAAGACAAUCGGCGAACGUGAUUUCAAUGCAUUAAAGCCAUUACUUGAACAUUUCGUAUUUAAACACGGCGACGCGUCCCAAAAAGCCAAAACCAACCAUCCAGUCAGUCCGAAAUUUCAAUAAUCGUACUUCAGACAGUGAAUUUUGUGAUGUGAAUUUGCAGAUUUGUGAAACGGAAACAGCUUACGUAGACAUAGCGGUAAACGCCGCACGCAACUUCUUGGUUUACAUUGAGUAACCGACAACAGUCAGGUUUCUUAAGUAACUCGAUUUUUGGAUGUUAGCGUCGUAAAGGCUUAACCCGUUAGUCAAUUAGUAUGCAAGUGUGAAGCGUCUCUUUGACUCGUGUUAGGUUAGGAGGACUGUUGUGUUGCUGGAACUCAUUGCAUGGCGCGAUGAUUAGCGGAGGCUGGGUGUGCGCACUCCAUGUGCGGACAGCAGGACUGGGAGGUGCUGCCCUUGGCUCUGAUGAGGAGGAGAUCGUUUACUUGGCUUAUGUAGUCAUUGAUGUCCAGACGAAUCAGAUAAUCGGCGAAAGAGAAUAUGCUGUGAGACCGACCAGACUAGCAACUGAAGAGUUUCAGACGGGACAGCCUUUAGAAAAUAUUAUUUUACAGUUUGACGACUUCGUGCGAUCACUAAAUGUGGACCCACACUCUCCCCUCUUUAGGCUAGUAACCGACGGACAACCACCACUCAGACAAUGUCUCCACCCAGAGGCGUGCAGCAAAGACCUCACAUUACCCACAUACUACGCUCGUUUCCACGACCUGCGCAAAGAGUAUGUACGGGCCUACACACUGCAAGCUGUGACGCAGCGUACUCAGCCGCCGCCACCGCCGCCUGAUCACCCGACUUCACUGCACGACAUGCUAAAUUAUUUAGGCAUAACACCCUAUUCAGGCGAAAACUUCUACGCGGCGGAAGUGAAAGACAUGGCUGCGAUCAUUCAAAGGAUUAUCACAGAUGGUUUCCGCUUGGAGUUGCCAGAGACAAUUGACUUAGUUUUAGAAACUGGAAUUUGCUCAAAGGACGAUGAGAUAGACGGAAACUGCAUAGCUCGUGCACGCGGUUUGCCCUGGCAAUCCUCUGACCAAGACAUCGCUAAAUUUUUCCGAGGACUCAAUGUUGCAAAGGGCGGUAUAGCUCUUUGCCUCUCACCACAAGGCAGACGUAACGGCGAAGCGUUGGUGCGGUUCAUUUCUCAAGAACACAGGGACAUGGCUUUAAAACGUCAUAAGCACCACAUUGGGCCACGGUAUAUUGAGGUAUACCGCGCAAGUGGCGAAGAUUUUCUCUCAGUAGCGGGUGGUGCGACCUGCGAAGCCGCGGCAUUCUUGUCUCGCGGCGCACAGGUAAUCGUGCGCAUGCGCGGUCUACCUUAUGAUGCCACACCACAACAAGUCUUGGAGUUCUUCUCAUCGGGCGAUGAUCCAGUACAAGUAUUGGACGGGGAAGAUGGCGUACUAUUUGUUCGUCGAGCGGAUCGACGUGCAACGGGCGACGCAUUUGUGCUGUUUGCGAAUGAGGAGGAUUCUCCGAAAGCGCUCGCGCGACAUCGGAAGUUGAUCGGCGCGAGAUAUAUCGAACUGUUCAGGUCUACCACCGCGGAGGUGCAGCAGGUUCUCAACCGAUCCCUAGAGACCAGGACUAGUCAAAGCAGCACGCCAUCUACGGCCAAUCCACCCACAGAAGGGCUUCUCCCCGUGGCGUUGGUACCACAACACGUCAUCACUUCCGGUACUGCCAAAGACUGCGUUCGGUUGAGAGGUCUGCCCUAUGAGGCGCAAGUGGAACACAUUCUCAACUUCCUCGAUGAAUUUGCCAAAAAUAUUGUAGUGCAAGGCGUCCAUAUGGUGUACAACGCACAGGGUCACCCUAGCGGUGAAGCCUUCAUCCAAAUGGACAGUGAAACAAGCGCUUAUCUCUGCGCGCAACAAAAACACCACCGUAACAUGACCUUUGGUAAAAAGCACAGAUAUAUCGAGGUGUUCCAGUGUUCCGGCGACGACAUGAACUUAGUUCUGACAGGCGGCGUCACCCCCGCCACUUCACCCAAAGUGCUCUCACCCGGUACGUUGAUAUCUCCCCCACCCGCGCCGGCACCCCGCCUUUUAGCCCAACACAUCGCGCACCAAAACCUCCUCGCAAGGCAACAGGAGAACCUCCUUUUAGCCUCCCUCCGACCUCCCCUCUACCCCUUCCUACCCAGCUACGCUCCCGUUCGGUCUCCCAGCCCCUAUCUCCCCGUUCUCCAACAGAACAUACUGCCAACUAAGCGUACGUACGACCGCGCAUUUACGCCCACGGAAACUGCCGCAAAAAGACCGUAUUUGCAGCCGCAAAUGGCACCGAUGUCGCUGCCCGUGCUGUCGUAUGCGACGUCUCCACCGAUUUUCUCGUAUGCCAACACGAGUCCGAUGCUUUCUUCGUAUAGUGCAAUGCCAACCGCUCUGCCAGCGAGUCUACAGGGCUACGGCUCUGCUCUCUCUGCCGCUUUACCCGCGUCUAUGACAAGCCCGUUUCCCGCGUCGUUGUCUAUGUUCCCAACAUACCCGUACUAUCCGGGCGUUUAAUAGCUGUACGGAAAUUUAGCAAGAUAGGUAGAUUGUUAAGUUUUUUUAUUAAAUGUAUAUUUUUACAAAUAAAAUUAAGCUUUUUAGCAAUUUAUAAAGCCAACAAAUUCUAUUAUUGCCUGCUUUUUUCGACUAUUGUCGUUUUAUGAAAUCUUUGUUUGUAUAUUAUGGAAUUGGCAAAUGACACGUUAGAUAUUAGCAUAGGUUUAAGUAACGUUUUUUUUUAAUAAUUAGGUAAUUACGAUUAUACCUAGAUAAUAGAUAGAGCAACUAAUCAAAUGAUUCGUGAAUGAAUUUCGUGCUUUGGGACCACUUUUGCGACUUUCAAGUCGGAAUGACAGGGUAUUCUAAUGACAAGCUCAAACUGGCAUCAAGUGCCUUCAAAUGAAUUUAAUAAACUAUUAUGGCAAAUAUUGCAGCUUUUAGGUUAGUCUAUGAAAUCAAUUUGUUGAGUAUAUAUCGACUUUAAUCAUUGUUGAAUUCUUAAAUUUUAUUCUUUAAUCGAUGGUUGUUUCAAAGACAAGUAGUGUGUAGUUUUUGUUUUUUCUUAUACGUUGUGAUUUAUUAUAAGACAUUCCAUUUUUGAAAUAGAAACGUUUGGCAACUAAGUCUGAUUUAAGUCUGAUAGGUACGGUACUUAUUUUGAUAUAUGAGGGUACUUAAACUCGUUUUCAGUACAAUACUUUUGUGAUUAGGGCAACAUUUUACUUAUGGCAACUUUGUUAAUGCACUCUAGUUAAGACUUAGUUAUCGUUAGUUGGCAGUGUGUACGUUUUAAAGGCAGCUAAAAAUCCUAUCCUCACACCUUCCACUUACCUUCUAACGUAAAAGGUUGUGUCGAAAAUGUGAUACUAAAUUUGGUUUAUCUAUGGACUCUAUAAUUCUAGUAACGUCAUUGUUUAUGGUGUACCAUCGUCAAAUUCACAUAGGUAAUGGGGCUUCCGUCACAAAAAACAUGGUGUACUGGCUAAUCUAUGUUCUGUCAUAUCUAAAUUUAAUUACUUAUUGCAACUUUACCAAUUUUCACUGUAUGUUAAUGUUAAAAUACUAAACUAAACACUCAAAAUGGCGGCUGCCGUCUUGUGUCUAUUAGAAGACCUCAAUUCAUUGCAAGAUAUAUCAAAGAGGUUUUAUUCAUAAAUGCACUAUAACCCUGUAAUUACAUAUGUGACUUAAACAAAAUAUUCUAUAUAUUUCUUGGCUUGUAGUACGUUUAUUAAUAAUACUGUUAACUCUUAUGGAAAUUGCAGUUAUUGCAAAUAUUGAAUUCAUUUAACUCGUAUAUUUAAAGAACAAUUAAUUGGUAACGCUGCAAAAUCUUAGUUUAGAUCAGUUAUAUAUGUUUUAUUGUUAUAAAGAUUGUAAUUUGUUUCUUACCUUUGUGUGAUGGAAAAUGAGCAUGCAUCGUUCGGUAAGUGUGCACAGUUUGAUAAUACGAAUCAGUGAUACAGUAUUGGUUUUGUUCUUGGUGCUGAAUUUUAACAUUAGGAGAGGUCUGCUGUUUCAACAUUGCAAUAUUAACAUGUAUACCACACAGACAGUUCGCGGUAUAAUGGAGGUGGCUUGCUCAAAACGUAGAUAAUAAAUAGAAUACCAGAGACAAAUAAGUUCGCUAGUCUCUAAAUCUUUAUAAUAUUUAAUUCGUAAACUAACACUAACUAACUUUAUUUCGAUAUUACUGAACAAAAUAAUAUCUUUAGCGCUGUGUCACUGCGGCCAGGUCCCCUUGAUCAAAUUUUCCUUUCAGGUUAUGGUAGCUUAAAGUAUCAAAAUCAUUAAAUCCCAUCUUCGAAAGUUGAAACAACACAACACAUAGUUUUUUUUAUAAAUAAAAACAUACACAGUUUUAUUGGUUAUUAAGAAUAAAGAUAUAUGUUUAUGUAAGAACUCAUAUUACAGUCGACGCAUUAUGAAUUUAGGCUUCGGGUCAUAAAUCAUAUUUAUCUGUCAGCCUCGCUCGCACGUACAGUUCUUAUGAAGAAGUGUAGUGAUGUGCGUAAGAAUUGUAGAGGCGCAUAUCGAUAACAGGAUAUGUAUGUUAAGUAUUAGUAGGGAUAUUUUUUCCCUAUCUUAAGAUAAAUAAAAAUAAUUUGUCAGAUAAAUGUCACCAUUUCAUUUUUUCAAAACCAAGUAAGUAAUUACUUACUCGUAAGACCAAUAAGGAGUCAGAUUGCGUUCGCGUUGCCUUGCGUACACAUUCCCACUGUCAGUGACAUUUGUUGCCCGAUGACUCAGUUUAAAAUGCGCGGACUAUAAUAUAACAUUAUACAUCAUAACUGUAUCACUGGUUAUGGGUAGCAUGAAUAUCUAUAGCUUUAUUAUAGUUAUGGUUGUGUGCAUGGUGACAUAUUUAAUCGUUUUCCAGCACACAAAUGGCCGGACACAAAUAAUUACGUAUCUGUAUUUCUAUGUCCAAGACCACGAAUAUGAUACAUUGGUGAUUACAUAAAGUAUCAAAACGUUGCAGUCCGUGCAUCACCACUGUCAUAUUUUUUACUCUGAUUGUACAAGACAAUUUGGCAUAAUGGUCAGUUAACAUGGGAUUCUGCUAUAUUAUCAUUUCACUAAGAUGUAGAUUUAACAUUAGGUAGCAAUAAGUAAUUUGUUUAAUAGCAGACGCAACUGUUGUAGUAGCCUCGCUCAAAUAUGUGCGAGUUCAUAAUAUUGAGGUCGUUGUCAGUUCUUCCGCGAUUAAAUGAAAUAAUUUUAGCGGAUUUUAAUGCGAUAAUAAGUAACUCAAAAAAAAAUCUUUGCAUUUUAAUGUCUAAAAUCGGGGCUUAUAUGGCUCGUGUGUUAAUGUUUAUCCAAAACUGACACCGACAGACCAAAGAUGGUAGGCGUUUGAAUCCGUUAAUCUAUUUUUCAUUUAAAUUAUCGUUUUGGUUAUGGCCAAAUUAUUAAUCGGUUGCUUCCAUUGCAAUAUAUUUUGUUGUGGUAAAGGGGUUCCAAACAAAUGAGGCUUGCUUCAAACUUAAAUGAAUAAAUUCUUUGAAAUAUCUAUUUCGCAAGUUGCAUCUGCAUACCUUCUUUCUCGCUUCACCACUGAUAAUUGGGAAAUAUUGUAUUUACAAAUUACGAUUUUUUUUUAUAUACGCACGUCACAGAAUAAGAUCGUGUGACUGGGACUUGCUCGUUUUUGAAUCGUGUUUAUUAUAAGAAAAUUUCUUAAUAUAAGGGACUUUUGGUUCAUUAAUAUUGAAUACUUAAUAAAUCAAUUUGUCGUUACUCCGA